AUGGAAUUGGCGCAAGUACCACUUUGGAAGAUUGCAGACAUCAUCAACGGUCGGAUUCGCCACGUCUCUGCGGAAGAAACGUACAAGCUUGGAAGGUGGAUUGCAGCCCAGUCCAAAAAGUCACAUGUUCAACUUAACUUCCCAUGCACACCAGCCUCAUUCAUCGCGACUGGAUGGCAUCGCUUUCCUCUCUACUCAGGCACAGAUCUUGAUGUGGCUCCCAUUUUUGCCAGUCCGGUUUUCAUGGAGUCUUUAUUUGACGGUAUGAUAUAUUUUGUGGAGCCCAAGGCCAAGGACAAUGGAAUUGAGGCAGUCGCCUGUAUGAGGAGUUCCACCUGGGAGUUUCUUGAUAAGGAUGAAGGGUUCAUCAAUACGUGGGAUAGAAGAAGUUGA